AUGAAUUACCCAUAUCCAACAUCUUCACCUUAUAUGCAAGCAGCCAUGUCACAAGCUGUAAAAACAGUAAUGAAUGGUGGAGCAUUACCUCCAAAUUGUCGUUUUAUGCCAAUGCCAUUUCAACAAGUUCAACAGAUGUUACCACAAUUAAUGAGGACACCUGCAAUUGGGAGUAAAGAUCCAAACAUCUUUCCUCCACAAACAUCAUAUUAUAGUCCAUCACCAUAUACGAAUAAGCCUCAACCACGUGGUCCUAUACCUCGACAAAAUUAUAAGUAUCCAAUGGUUGCAUAUAAAAAUAAUAAUAAAAUAUCGAAGAAACCAAUUCGUCAACAACCCCAUUCAAAUAUUUAUAAUUCGUCAUCAUUUGAUUCUUAUAUGCGUAAUUUAAGUUGGAGUCGUUUAUUUAAUCAUCGUCAUCGUAAAUCUUCUAAACAACGAAGUCAAGAUCAUCCAUCAACAAAUUAUGAUAAAAAAUCCAAUUCAUCAGAAAAACAACGAUCAAAUUCUUCAACAACAACAUCAUCAUCGACAACAAGCGAUGAAACAAUACGACGAGUUAAUGUUGUUAAUAAACCAUCAUCUAAUAUCAAUCCAAAACAACCAACCGAAGGUAGUUUACCAUUUAAAUAUUCAUCUGAAUUUGUACCAGGUACAAGCAAACAACAACCACAAAGCAUCAAAUCUAAUGAUGUUUUCAUUGUUAAAAAACCUUAA